AUUUUUGUGGGUUACGUUACCUUAUUUGCCGACAUGACUGCGUUGACAUUGCUACGACGAUCAGUUACGGCGGUCAGCUGCCAUGCCCACGCCCACGCCCACGCCCACGCCCCCGUUCGCGGCACGAAUUGGCGGUGUUUGCCACAGCUUCAAAGGCGCCAGUUGCACUUGCACGUAAGUGGGCGACAUGCUGCUGCGCUUUUGGCCAGCAAAACAACAGCAGCAUCAGCUGCUGCAGCUGCGCAGGCGCCAAAUGCGCAUGCUAAUGUUGGCGACUCUGUCACCGCAUACCGCACCAUGUCCUCUGUUGCUCCGAAACUGGUGGCCGUUGCCGAGUCGCGGCGCUUCAUGAUUGACUGCUUCAAGGCGGUGAAGGUGCCCCAGGCACAUGCCGAGGCCCAGGCGGAUCUGCUGGUGGCCGCGGACCAUCGGGGACACUUCAGCCAUGGCAUGAACCGCCUGGAGAUGUACAUCAACGAUCUGGCCAUCAACUCCACGGACGGAGCGGCUGUGCCCAAGAUCCUGAAGGAAACCCCGGCCACCGCCUGGGUGGAUGGACUGAAUGGACUUGGCGCCGUGGUGGGCAACUACUGCAUGGAUCUGGCCAUCCAGAAGGCCAAGACAGUGGGAGUUGGCUGGGUUUGUGCCAAGGGAUCGAACCACUAUGGCAUGGCUGGUUGGUAUGCCAUCAGGGCCAUGGAGCAGGGCUUGGUGGGCAUGUCCAUGACGAAUACCUCGCCGCUGAUGGCGCCUACACGCGCCAAGGAGGCUGCUCUGGGCACCAAUCCCUUGUCCCUGGGUGCUAAUGCCAACAACGGCGACAAGUUCCUGCUGGACAUGGCCACCACCGCCGUGGCCGUGGGAAAGAUCGAGAUCCAGCGCAGGAAGGGAGCUCCUCUGCCCGACGGAUGGGCACAGGAUCCCAGUGGUGCCGUGACCAACGAUGCGGAACUGGGUUUCAGCACUGGCUGCCUGAUGCCCUUAGGAGGAUCGGAGCUGACCUCCGGCUACAAGGGUUAUGGCCUUGGCGCCAUGGUAGACAUUCUGACGGGCGUCAUGUCCGGAGCCAACUACUCCACUCAGGUGAGGAAGUGGACACAUGCUGGCGCCAAUUCUGCGGCUGAUCUCGGCCAGGUAUUCAUCGCCGUGGAUCCCAACUGCUUUGCUCCCAACUUCGAGGAGCGCAUGAGCGAUUUCAACUCCCGCCUGCGGGGCGCUACUCCGACCGAUCCCAGCAAGCCCGUUUUGCUGGCUGGAGACAAGGAGAAGAAUGGAAUGGCUGAUGUCGAUGCCGCCGGCGGCAUCCAGUAUCUGGAGAAUCAGUUGAAGACGUGCGCCAGCCUGGCCGAGAAACUGAAGAUCAAGCCCUUGAGCUUUGUUUAAGCUCGAAGGAACUGGUGAACUUUUAGGGAGCCAAGCAUACCACAUACCAUUGCCAUAUGUUGUAUACGCUUCUGCAUUUCGACGGACCAAAGCAAUAUGUUACUUUACACUGAGAGAAAUAUUGAUAUUUGCAAAAGUUCGACUUGCACUGGUGCCUAUUUAAAGCUUGUUACAUAUCUCCUUGUUGCACUUAACGCAUAUUCCUAGUUCCCAAAAGAUCGUCGUUGCUCUUUUUUAGUUAUAACUACGCAGGAUUAGGUGAGCUUUCAAUCUGAAAGGCUAAAAAUCUGAGUUUCGACACUCUUUUGUUGAAUUAGUAAUAUUUUGUAGAGUAAAGACUUGCAGUUUGCACAUUUAUUAUAAGUAGAGGGACCCCUACAUUUUUGUUUAAAACAAAAACUGUUGUAAAAUAUACAUAUAGCUUUUGGCACUUGAGAUACCCAUGCUGUGUUCAGCAAAUUCGGAACCAUUAAAAUUACUCUUUGACCAACAAUAA